AUGGAAAGGCAGAGAGUGAGGUUCGGAAUUUUUGAUGAUUUCGAACCUCAGAUCGGCCGCAUUAAGACCCACGUUGUCCAUUAUCUAUCAAAUGGACAGUAUCUUGCGACAACAUCGAAAUAUAUUUAUAGAUUCAACAAAAAAGAGAUAAUUAAAGUCUAUCCAUUCAAAUGUACAACUUCAGUUAUCAUUCCUGAGAUCGAUGUUGUCAUUGGUUUUUUACAGAACUCAUCAAGCUUGUUUGGAUUUGAAAUUUUUGCACCCGAUCCAAAGAGAUUUGUCUUAAAACAGACAGAUCCAAAGCAAACAAUCGUUUUCCAUCUAGUAUAUUCCCCAAAAUCUCAUCUUUUAUUUAGUAUUGGCUUCGGAAUCAAAGUUUAUAUCAUUAACUCUACAAAAUGGAGCAAUAACAGUACAUCUAUACCACCUGAAAUGACACUUACUUUCGUUUCCCAAUUCGCAAACGGCUUAAACGCUUCAAUAAAAAACAAACCCGCAUUUGAUUACGAAAAUGAAUGGGUAAUUAUUCCAACAGAGCGUGGAUUAUGCGCAUAUGACAUGUACGGACACCAAGUAUGCCAAGUAACUAAGUCCAGGCCGUAUUUAUUUCAAAAUAUCAUCAAAGAUAAAUCGAUGAUUGAAAGAUUGACAUGUUUUACGAUGAUAAAAACCGUUUCACACAAAAAGUCAGACCAACAAGAAGAUUGUAUCAUUUAUAAAACAAAAAUUGCGACAAGUGACCCACAGAACGGUCUGUGCAUCUGGGAUGGCAAUUCUACAGUCAUCAAAAGACUAAGGACAUUAAAUACAUCAGUAGUUUCCGUUUCUUUCCUUGACAAACAAAAUUUAAUUUAUUUGGAUUCUUAUGGAGCGAUUUCUCUAUGUAAUAUUGUCACAGGGCGAUCAUUUAAUGUAUACAUAACCCAGAAGAUGCCAAAUAAUAUGUUUGUACUCAAAACUGAAGAGAAUUUCAAACUUGCAAUUUCAUAUGAGCUUGAACUUCAAAUUUUAGACGUUUUGUUGCCAUGGAACUCCUUUGCAUUGAAUAUACCAACAGCAAACACCAUUUCCAGGAGUUUUAAAUUAGAUUUUCCACCAAGAAUUUUAAUUUCUUCCGGAAAUUCAUUUAUUAAACUCUAUUCUGCCAAUAACGGUAAACAAUUAUCAGCAGCAUGUCCUUCUUCACUCAGUUUACCUGUUUAUUCCCUUUACGACCGUGGAUUAAUCGUUGAUUACCAUUAUAACCAUGAUUUUAACAAUUAUACUCUUAAAUUUAUUGAUAUAUCGAACCAGGAUUACAUUGACCAGAUCUUUGUCAUAUUAGAAGACGGUUCUUUGGUGAUUUUUAAAACAGAUGACCAAAUUGGAGAGCAAAUGUUCGAAAAGAGGAUGGGAGUCAAGUCUAUAUCGUACGUAUACUACAAGAAUGGCUGGGAUUUCGUUCUAAUUUCGAAACAAGAUGAAAUUAUCAUCAUGGAUUACAUGACUUUUGAGCAGAAAGUGAGAUUCUACCCUGUAAAAGGCAGAAUCAUAAGUGUUCACUAUCAUAUCCACUCAAAUAAAGUCAUUGUACUGUACGAAAAGGAUAUUAUUUCAUUUGACGUCGAAAGAUGGUCAAUUGAAUGCAGAAAGAGCGUUAAAUGUACUAAUGUCAAUGCAUUGUUUGAUGAUACAGUGUACAUUGGCUAUAAAAAUGGUCAAAUUCUUUGGAUAAAAAUUGAAAACGACGGGAACUUAGUUUUGCCAUCAGAUGAUGACAUAACAAUACCUCAUUCAUCCGAAGUAACUGAUUUCGCCUUCUCAUUUAACGUUUGGAUGUCUUCUUCCCUUGAUCAUAACAUAAAUAUUUGGGAUUACAACAAUAACGUCAUUUCCACCAUAAACCUUCCAACUCCAAUCUAUUCCUGUGAGUUUAUCAGCAGUAAUUUGGAUAUUUUGGUCGGAACUGACUUAGAAAUCAUGAAAAUUCCCGGAUACAAAGUUUUUGACAGUAAAUACUAUGAAAACAUUUACUCAGAAAUCGAUAACAGUAACGAAUUGAACGAACAAAGCGAGGAAGAAAUGAUUAUCAGGUCAACUCUGAACCAGAGCAUGAGAAGCUUAAGGAAAACGCAGAACAAUGUUGUACAGAGCCAAGAGGAAGAAAAUAAUGAAGAAGAAAAGUCAGAAUCCAAGGUAAAACCGAAAAUAAUUCUUGAUGAAAACCAAAGAGCGACGAUUUUAACUGAAAUGUCGGUAAUGACUAAUAAUGCGUCAACAAAACAAAUUGCUGAUAUCAUAAAAGAAGGAAAUGAAGAAAAUAACAAAAAUCCGAAGAAAAAUGAAAAAAUUAUUGAAGAAAAACCUCAAAAUUCAGUUGUAAAUCCAAGAAAUAAGAAACAGAAGAGAGUGUUAUCAACACUGGAGAUCAUCCAAUCAGGAUUAGAAGCAGAAAAGAAACUGGAAAGAAGAAAAAAGAGAAAAAGUCGUGAAAAAAGGGAAAAAUCACCAGAAAAAGACAAACACGAAGAAGAAAUGGAAGAGAAUUUGAAUGUAGACAACCUAUUCUCUGAUGAUGAGAAGGAUCAAGAGAAAAUCAUCAGAAUUCCAAAAAAAAAUUCGAAAAUUGAGUACAAACCAGUGAAAUGCAUCAACGAAGAGGACUCAGAACAGCAGAAUAGACCAAGAAGAAAGAAAAACCCUAAGUCUUCCUUCGCAACUAAGAAAAAAUUCGAAAAUUCUUCUCAAAUUUCGAAAUCUUCAAUUUCUGUUGUCAAAAAACACGGAAAUAAUUCGUCUCUCCAACAAGAGAAACCGAAUUCCAUGUUAAGAAACCAAUCCUCGCGUAGAAUUGACUCAAAACUGAGAAAUCGAAACAUAAUUCGACCUUCUAUGUCAGCAUCUGAAUUUAGUUCAUCGAUACUGACAUCUUCUGAGUCCUCUGCAUCGAGUUCAAGGUUGUCUUUGUCUAGUUCUUGCUUUUCAAGUUCAACAGAAAACAUUUUGAGUCCUAGACAGUCGAUUUACAAGAGAUCGAGGAGAUUUUCCACAUCAGAUACACAUAUAAAGCUCGCGAACUCGAAGGAAAUCAACUUCAGCUGCGACGACAUAAUUUUAGACUCUCCAUUGAGUAUAAUUCUACCUUUUGAAGAGGAAAAGACGCCAACGGAGCCACAAUUCAUCACGUCCAAAGCACCAAGAAGACUAAUGGCAUCGAAUUCGAUGAAUUCAAGUGAUUUGGAAAGUCCAAUCAUCGAAAUCUCAUCAGAAUACAACUUUAUUAGGGCUCCUGAUGAAAAACACAGUGCAGAAAGUAGUCCUAGAACUAAGAUACAAUCGAGAACCCAGAGAUUUUCGAAUUCUUUGCCUGAUAAAUCUCAAAAUUUCAAUUUCGAAAAUUACCAAGAAUUCAAUGGUUUACGAAAUUAUCGUAAUUUGAAUAGUUUACAAAUCUAUCAAAAUGAAAAACAGAAAUUUAGUUUGCAGAUCAGCAAGUCUAAUGACAUAGAUUAUGAUUAUGAAACAAAAAUUCGAAAUUUCCAAGAAAAAUUUCGAAAAAUUGAUCCGAGAUUAUCUUAUGUCUUCAGCCAAAACAACAUAAGAAUAGAGAGGAGAUCGGUUACUCCCCCUCCAAUUCGAAGAAAUUCAACUCCAGAAGCGAAAUCAAACUCAAAUUCGCUGAAUCAGACCCAAAAAGUUGUUCCUCAAGAGAGAAACAUUCAGUUAUUCAUCAAUCUCUAUUCAGAUAUUGAUUCUAAACAGUGCUUUGCUGUUAAUGAAGACUGUUUGUUGAAAGAAUUUGGAAAAGGACACAAAUUUUUGAACAAAUUCGUUGAAUUUCUUGUGGAAAUCGAAAACAGCGAAAGACAAAACAGGAACCAAGAGAUAUUUAGGAAUUCUAAGUACAAAGGAUACGUUCCUUACUGGUCUUCUGUUGCUUUAAACCACAAAACUUCAACAAACUCUCUAAUGAAAAACAAGAAACUGGAGAGAGAAAUUGUUUCGAAUUUGGUGUCAGACAGUCCUUAUUUCAGGAUAGAACCAACUGUGAGAACUAUUCUGAAGAGUAAGAUCACUAACAAGAUCAACAAACUUCGACUGAAUUUCAUCAACAUCGACAGCAAAGUUUUUCACUAA